AUGUUGAGAGCUUUAGCCUACGUUCCGUGGCAGUUUCUGCCAACGCUUUUUCGGAUAAUGAUAGUUUAUUAUCCUAUUCUUGCAGCUAUUGGUAUUACAGGGAAUCUGUUGGCCAUUGUGGUCCUGUCCCGGGGAAAGUGUGGGCUCUCAAAAGGUAUCACCUUCUACCUGGUGGCCAUGGCAGUGGCCGAUAUCCUGUUCGCCAUCAACGAUGUGGUUUUGAACGCAAUACAUUCUCUUUAUUUCGAUUACACAUUUCUGGACAUCACUCCCGUGUGUUCACUCAGAUUGGUGCUGAAGUCGGCGGUGACACACAUGUCAGUCUGGUUCACAGUGGCUUUCACCUUUGAUCGCCUGGUCGCCAUCUGUUGUGAACUGAAAGCAAGUUAUUGCAGCGAGAGGACAGCAGCCGUGGUUGUUGGAGUGAUAUCUUCUCUGAGCUGUUUCAUCAGCAUUCCCUGGUACUUUAUGUAUGAGCCCAGUGAGAUACUGAACAAUGUGCCUUGGUAUUGCCAGUACAAAGAGGCUUACUACACCUCUGCCACAUGGAUUGUAUAUCAUUGGUUUGACACAAUAAUAACCCCGUUUGUUCCAUUCUUUCUGAUUUUGCUGAUGAACGUGGUGACAGUCAGACACAUUUUAGCCGCCAACAGAAUCCGCAGAAAUCUCCUGCACCAGAAAAGUAAUAGUGGCAACGAUGCAGAGAUGGAGAAUCGAAGAAAAUCCAUCAUCCUACUCUUCGCCAUAUCCGGCAGCUUCAUCGUGUUAUGGCUGAUGUAUGUUUUAGAUUUCAUAUUAUCACGAACGUUAGACAAAUAUUUCUACCAAAGUUACAGAGACCCAGUGUAUGUUGUCCAACAUGUGACAGACAUGCUUAAGGUUUUAAGUUGCUGCACAAACACCGUCAUUUACGCUUUAACACAAUCUAAGUUCAGAAAGGAUGUCAAAUAUCUCGUGAUCUAUCCGUUUAAACACAUAUUUAAACUAUUUAAGUAA